CUCGUCGCGUCAUACGUGCGCGCGCGUCCGUCUCGUCGUGGUGUUCGUUCCUCGUCUCUCCUCGGUUCGGCUCGCGCGUGACUCGCGUUUCGCGCGUACCUCGGCGCGGUGCGGUGUGUGUUCGAUCCGAGAUUCCGCGCCGCGUACUCCGGCAUUGUUUUCUUUUUUUUUUCCUAUUUUAUUCCCUUGUUUCCUCUCUCUCUCUUUCUCUCGACUCUCGCCUCCUCUCUCUGGUCGAGGCUCGAGAUCCGACGUGAUGUCCUCUCUGAAGGACAGUAAAUCGCCGUGUGCCCGGCUCUGCCACAUCGUCAAGUGGGACGACUUCCCCGGCUACGGUUUCAAUCUGCACGCGCAGAAGGGCAAGAACGGUCAGUUUAUCGGCAAGGUGGACGACGGCUCGCCGAGUCAGGCGGCCGGUCUACGUCAGGGCGACCGGAUAAUCGAGGUGAACGAGAUCGACAUCGCGAACGAGACCCACAAUCAGGUGGUCGAGCGCAUCAAGGCGUUCGCAAACGAGACGAAACUGCUGGUGGUCGACCAGGAGGCCGACGAUUACUUCAGGGAGAACAACAUCAUCAUCAAGGGCGCCAUGCCCAACAUCAAGGUGAUCAAGACGCCGGAGAGGAAUCCCAACAGCGUGGAGGAUCGCUCCGAUGGCAGUAACUGCUCCGUCGACGAAAGCACGCAGAAGUCGAUCGGUUCCAACGACACUGCGCACAGCAACAGCAGCACCGUGGUGCAGACGACGACCGGCAACAGCAGCAGCGGCAACGAGUCCAGCAGCAUGCGGGAAAACGGCAACGGCGACGUGAACCACGUGCACGGCACGGGUAACGGCAGUGUGGAGAGCAGUGCGAACAACAGCGAACCCCGAUCCGAGGGUCUGAACCUGAAGAUGAGCGUGAAGGAGCUCAGGGAGCAGCUGGCGAAGCGCAAGAAGUACGACCCGAAGAAGGAGUCGAUCGGCUUCAAGGACAAAUUCGACAUCGUGCAGAAACUAUAGAUCCUUCUCUCCGAUACACACCGGUAAUUCCUUUUUCCUUAUUCCUUUCAUUUAGAGCCGUCGUCGUCAUCGCCGCUCUCGACGACAAUGACGACGAUUUCCUUCAUAUUUACGAUGUAACACGCCAUGUUAUAACCGAUCAAAUUGUUGUCGUUGUAAUAAAUACGCUGUUGUUUAGGCGCCAAUGCGCCAAAUGUCGAUAUCGUAACAUUGAUACACGUAUAUGUACUCGUAUUCAGUGACGAAAAAACGGAGAGUAUUAGGAUAAAGAAAGAUAAUGCUGUUUGUGCGGAUGUAAGUGCACACAUUGCCAAUUUUUCGUUUUACACGAAGGCAAACUUACACGCGCAGUCUCUGUCGCUUCCGCGUCGGAAGUUACAAAUUUUCAAUUAUUUUGUCUUAUCAAUGUUUAAAAGAGAGCUAUUUUUGACGUUUCAAAUUAUUGUUUGUUUUUAUAACAAUUAUAUAUAUAUAUAUUGUAGCUACACACACAGUGACCUAAAAAUCUAUCGUUAUUUUUCCCUCAAAAUACACAAUUUAGUUUUAUUAAAAAUGUUCCUGUCGUAAA